AACGAUGCGUUGCAAAUCUCAUAGUGAGUACUCACAGUGGCGCAGCGUUUGUUGAUGUGUAAACUAAUAAUGUCCGCUCAUUAAACAUAACAAUAACCCCGCUCUUACUCCACAUACCAAAAUAAACGCAAAUACGGAGCUAACGGACUCGAGUGCAGCGAAACACACAGUCAAAAUAAGACCUCUGAAUGUGAAACAAAAGCCGAUUGUUAAAAAUGUAACCGAAACGAGGAUAGAAGUGCGCGCAGUGGCGGGUCAAAGUGCUGUGAAGCCGACUGAAUAUCCGAAUGAUGUGAGAACUGCUAAACAUGGUUUACUGAAAAGCAAAAGAUCCGGGAAAAGAAAGGGGUGGCAGGCGAAGAAAAGGGUGCGCUUCACAGACACCGAGCCGUCAGCCGGGAUUCCGCUCUGUGAACGUUUUGCUCGUUUUUUCCAUUUCCUGUGGAGCUAUAUGCGUUCCACAGUCAGCACUCCUCUAGGUCUCACAGAGGAGUCCGAAAAUUCGGAACUCGAGGAGUUGGGUGAGCAACUGCCGCGGUACCGGCCGGACUCCAUCGCGGCGCUGAGGAGACAGACGCGCUUUACGGAACCCGAGCUGAAGAGAUUAUAUAGAGGCUUCAAGGCCGAGUGCCCCACCGGCGUCGUCAAAGAGGACACCUUCAAAAUUAUCUACGCGCAGUUCUUUCCGCAAGGAGCCAACACCGCUUCGUAUGCGCACUACGUUUUCAACACAUUGGACCAAGACCGAAGUGGCUUGUUAAGUUUUGAGGAGUUUGUAAUGGGUUUAUCUAUACUAUCGCGAGGCACGAUGGAAGAGAAGUUACGGUGGACGUUCUCCCUAUACGAUAUCAAUGGAGACGGAUGCAUCACCAAGGAAGAGAUGACGGAGAUUGUCUCCGCCAUAUACGACCUGAUGGGCAAGAUCGUUGACCCCAAUGCUGAUGAUGAUAUCGUGCAGGAGAAGGUGGAAAGACUGUUUCAGAAAAUGGACCUGAACCGCGACGGGGUGUUAACCCUGGACGAGUUCCUGGACUGCUGCCUGCGAGACGAGGAGAUCAUCCGCUCGAUGGGCGUGUUCGAUAGCAACUUCUGACAUCCUGCAGGCGGCGUGCGCGCCAACCCUAGCCGCGCGCCGUGACCGUUGCUCUGUAGCCCUGUCUGCUAAUUUGACGUGAAAACACCUAUUAAUAUUUAUGUACCUGUAUCACUUGAUGAGUCUGGCAGAUAUUAGUGUUCUGUCCUGCGAAGGUCCUGAGACAGAAAGUCGUCACGCGCGUUACAUAGACACACAGCAGGCUUUCUGCCAAGGUUACCAAGAGCCAGGACACAAGAACGCAAAAUAUUAACACUUUCCAUCGGAUAUGACUUUUAAUAUCUACUGCUAUCAGAUAUCCAGCAGCAGUGCAGUAGUGUGGUCUGUGGACAACCACCAUUUACUUAUCAAGAGGUAUAAACCUAAUUAUAAACCAAAAUAAUGUCCUGAACAAAGGUAUCACGAAUAAAGGUGUUUUCUCUGAUGGUAGAUCAACCUGCAUCAAAUUAGGAGACAGUGGUAUAGCAUCCAUUAUGUUAUGGGAACCCGCCUUGAUCACAAGUUUAUCCCCUCAUGUACAUAAAACUUCUUCCAGAGAAUUCUUCGUAACGAUCGAUAAUACCAUUGCGUUGGUCUUUCAAACGCUUACUCUUCCUUACUUUUCAGAUGGAAUAUUGAAUAGAUACUUGCGCGUCGUCUGUAGGUAUAGAUAGAGAAAUACUUACCUAACUGUUUUGCAAAGUCUUGUACUAAUUAGGUAGUUUCGUUUCAUUUAAUAUUAAAGAUAAACCUAUAUGUACACCAUCAUUUACUUAUAAUAUCAAACGGAAAAUAAAAAAUAUUUCAAAAACAUCAGGAAAUCACUUUUCAUCUUUAUGCGCGACAUUAAAAAUCGACUUUUGGUGCUCAUUUGCGGCACACUUUCUAUAUUGUAAAAUCUAUUCGUCGGGCGCAUAAUUUCAUGAUCUAAAUCUAAAAUGUAGGUAGAUAUUCAUUAGUCUAGUCAAAACCACGUGGUGAUUUAGAAUCUAUUUCCUCUGAAACCAAACAGUAGAUUUGAACUGAAUAUCAUCGAUAAUAAUUAAAUUCUAAAAUUCUUACUGUUACUGUUCUUGUAGACGUAAUUUCGAUUUAGUAAUAUUAAUAAAAAAUAAAUAUUAUCAUCGUUUCGGCGCGAUCUUUAAAAAAUAUUCCUUCUCACACUUCAACUUAGCUAUUGUAAAUAACUUGUAAAUAGCAUUAAUUUUAUAUGUUUCCAAAUCAUUUUCAUUCUAUGCUUGCCUCAUGUCUAAAUAUUCCUCUUACUUUUCUUCUUUUUAAAUCGUUCCGGCCAUUUUUAUUAGAUGUUAGACUAAAUUAUUUAUUUAAGGUAAUUUAAUAGGAAUUAUAUCCAUACCUCAGUACCCGUAAAGGAUUAUAAUUAUUUAUUACAUGUAUAUUACUUAUAUUUAAGCAUCGACUGAUGUUUUGUCCUUGAUUUCUCUUCCCGUUUAUUUGUCCGCGUUAUAUUUUGCAGCAACUUUA